AUGUUGAUGAAGGUGGAGGAUCUGAAGCAGUUUGUUAGUGGGAUCAAAACCACUACAGUGAUGGAAGUACAAGAAAAUCAGCUUCCCGCUCUGGUGGAAUUUGUUCAUCCUACACAGUCCACCAGAGUGCAUCUUCCAGACUUGGUCUUGAGUCAGAAUCUUACAAAAUCACCAAGCUCAGGGAUUAAAUCGGACAGUUCUGGGGGUUUUGAGAGCUCUGUAGUAAUGAGCUCCUCUGAUGAAUCAGUGAAUACACCCCCCUUACUCUUGACGGCUGAGAAGUUGGUGCUGGAGGUGCUGUACUGUUCUGCAUCUCUGAUCAAAUGUCAGCAGGAAGAGAGCAAUGACAAGGCUGAUGAUUUUGAGAACCUGGACUUGGAUGUUCAACUUCCAAGUCUGUCACCGUCUUCUGUCUCCUCUGUUGAAGUUAUCAGAGAGAGGAAUGUUAUUACACCAGUGGAAGAACCAGAAACUAGUUUUCAGUUCUCCAACACAGAGGAACCCGAGGUCACCUUUCUGGGAUUUAGACCUCAGAGAACGUGCCAGUCUCGGACCAGCCCAACUAGCCAACAUGUACAGAUAGAAAACAUGAGUGAAGAUAUUGUCGGACAGACCUUAGACAUGGUGAUAUCAGUUCUUGCAAGUGAAGGACUUUUGUCACUACAGGAAACAUCAGAUAUGUCUGAUGUAUCUUCACCAGAGAAUUAUAUAGAAUCAGACAUGUUUGCAAGUUGUGGCACCACAGAUGAAAGCCAGAGUCCGACCCAGUGCUCAUGCUCAGAUUCUGGUUCCCAGCUGAGCUUACAAUCAAAAAAGGUAGUAAGUGAAACUCUGGUGGGAAUCCAAAGGAAAUUAUCAGACCAGUCUUUAACUGAAAUCAUCUCACCAGAUAACAGUGAUGCCAUCAGUGACCUUAUCAGUGGCAUCCUAAGGCAGAUCCAGGAAUCACCCAGCCUGGAUGCCAGUGAGCUAAUCUCCUCCAGCUCUUCAGAAAGCAGCUUCAUUUCACUCUCACAUGAUUGUAAAGCUCAGUCUGGUUCUGAGAUCAUGGGGGAUAAAUUAGUAAUGAAGAACAUCCAGCCACACAUUGGUACCAUCAGCAAGGCUCAAAGGAAACCUUCAGAUGUGAAUGGAGAUGUUAUCAACUCUCUGGUUCUAGAGGUUUUGGGAUCUGCUCUGUUUGAAAACCCUUCAGAGAAAACGUCACACCUUGAUGCUCUGAACAGAGACCAGACUGUCAGAUUGGUAAAAUCUUCAGAUAAUACUGCAGGACCAGAGAGACCCUGCCAUCAGAGGCCAAAGUCCUGCCCAUUAUUAAAGAAGGACAGUACUAGUAAUGCUGCAGGGGCUUCUGCCAGCCAAACACCUGAAAACCCAACUGGCAAGAAACAAAAGAAGAAGAAAAGUGUUCGUUCUUUAUUCAUGAUGGCCUGGAAAGUGGUGAAACGGACCUUCACCAGAAGAUCCAACAAGAUAGCUCCAGUCCACCAUUUAUUUUAUCACCAGCCAAAACUGAGCAGAAUUAUACACUCCUUAGCUAGAUCAUUAUCAGGGACAUGUCUUGGGUCCUCGCUUAGAGAGACCUGAAGAACCACGUUCCACCAGGAAGACUUCAUUGUUGUUAGACUUUUGUCAGCAGGAGGUCACCUUCCUUCUUU